CUGUGCUGGGAGGAAGAGGAGGAGGAAGAGGAGGAAGAGUAACCUACAGGGUGAAGUGGGAGGCGGUGUCCAUCUUAUUUACACCGGUGAGCUUGCUAAAAAAAAUUUUUGACCUGUCGGGAUUUUUCAACAGUACAAAAGUUCAAACGCCGGGUCUUCAGAGAUGAGCAGUUCAGAGGAAGUGUCAUGGAUCUCCUGGUUCUGUGGACUGAGGGGGAAUGAGUUUUUCUGUGAGGUGGAUGAAGACUACAUCCAGGACAAGUUCAACUUGACAGGACUCAAUGAGCAGGUUCCUCACUACCGCCAGGCCCUGGACAUGAUCCUGGACCUUGAACCAGAUGAGGAGCUGGAGGACAAUCCCAACCAGAGUGACCUGAUCGAGCAGGCAGCUGAGAUGCUGUACGGCCUCAUCCACGCACGCUACAUCCUCACUAACCGAGGCAUCGCACAGAUGUUGGAGAAGUAUCAACAGGGAGAUUUUGGUUACUGCCCCCGGGUCUAUUGUGAGAAUCAGCCUAUGCUUCCUAUCGGUCUGUCAGACAUCCCCGGAGAGGCCAUGGUGAAGCUGUACUGUCCUAAAUGUAUGGAUGUCUACACACCCAAGUCCUCCAGGCACCACCACACAGAUGGAGCCUAUUUUGGCACUGGCUUCCCCCACAUGCUCUUCAUGGUUCACCCCGAGUACAGGCCCAAAAGGCCCGCCAACCAGUUUGUCCCAAGGUUAGUACGACAGGUUGAACUCAAGGUGUGCUCCCAUAGGCUGUGACUGUGAUGCACUGUU